AUGUCUAACCGCGAGCCAGCACGCUCGUGGCAGCAAAAUUUCCAAAAGGAGUGCCGCACCUUUGUAAAACAGGCAGAAGCCCUAGCUGCUUACGCUAGGAAAUACCCGGACGAUGAUGAGUAUGAGCACACCGACAAUAUUUGUGAAGGACUUGUACGACUAUGGUCUCAAUUAGCGUACGUAAAAGACACCGGACUUGAUAUGGUUGCGGAAACGCCCAAAUGUUCUCUCGUUCGCGAGGAUCGCCAAUAUUGGUUCAUUCGGGCUUUGGCAGACCAGACGGAGUUUGAAGAUGAGUGCGAUGAAAUAGAGGCCCGUCUGGAUGGACUGUUAGCGAAGGUUGGACAGCAUGAGUUAGAGAACCUUUGGGUUGCUGGGUCCGUAAAAGUCGUCGGGGCAUUAGGCAAGGGUUUACCAGGCCAUGUGGUAAUCCCAUCAAAGGAAGUAGAAGAGGCGGAGCUCCCAGAUCUUCCCAAAAUAUGGUCCUGCAUGUGUCGAGCAAUAAUGAAAGGACCAACUACCAAGUACUUUUUGAGUGGUAUUACUGCAAUUAGAACAGAUAACACCCGUCCCUACAUCGUCCCAAAAAGCCGUAGUAUGGCGCGAAUCGGUGGGAGAACACCUCAUCUGCAACACGAUGACACCUUCGUUCAAUUCUACGCAGCAUCCAUCAGAAGACAACCAAGUGAAUUCAAAGACGAACACAUCGGAUUUGUUGUCCAUGCCCACUGCUGGGCCCUUCUUAACCACAUCAUACCAACAACUUUGGUCGAAAGGAAAUUGGAGAAAUUCAUUUGUGCUGCCCAAAAAUACUGGCGUGGCCAUGAAUUAUGGGGAAGCAAUGAUGCCAUGCUUAAACUUGUCAAGCAAUAUGACUUGCUACAUACUAAUUCAGAGCUGAAAUCCCCGUUUAAGUAUGGCUGCGAUAUCUAUAAGAAUCCUCUUAUAGUUCCCGAGAUUCAAAAAGCAAUUGAUAGGGCAAGGAAAACCGGGAAGAAAUAUACAAAGCCCCAUACUAAUUACAGUCACGUACCGUUGGAUAUUGCGAUCCUGAUCGCUGAGCGGAUUUGUCCUAUUGACUAUACACUGGAUGAUGUGAAGAAUACACGAAAUAUGCUUUCUGCGUGGCAGUGGACAUUGCCUGACGGGUUUUGGAAGAGGCGACUAAAAGAGGAGGAUAUACUAUUCGAAUUGGAGUCACUUAAGGAGGAGGACUACUCAAUCGAUUGGCAAAGUCUACGGCUUGAUUUGAUGGCUCUUGUUUCUGAUCGGAAUUGGUAUAAAUUAAGCGGCUUGGCGAAUCGUGUGCGAGUACUUAGCUUUAUGACUGCUAUCACGUCGGAUUUUCUGGAAAUGACCUAA